AUGGCAGAGCCUGGGAGCAGCAGUCUCCCCAUACCUAUCCCUAAUAACAACAACAAGUGGGAAGUGGCAUCUACCGAUAGCGAAGCGAUUCCGACGCCAGACAUCAGCGGGACGCCGCCCAACGACAUCAGAACCCCUGACGAGCAUACCAUCGAUACACCCACGCUCGGCCCUACGGCACCCACAAGCCCCCGGCACCACUCGCGGAACCCAUCAUUCUCGGGAAGCUCCUCGUACCAAGAGGACUGGGAUGCGUUCCCGCCCCUAGACCGCCUGACGGUGCUCGAUAUCCUCGAAAACUUUGCCCUCCCGCAACAGCUCGAGAAGCUCCAACGAGGAUUUUCAGCCCAGACGGAGAAGGUGCGCAAGUCGCGCGAGGCCCUCGGGAAUCGGAGCCGCAUGGCCCGCGAGCGCAUGGUGGACGAGUGGCGGCGCCGGGUGCCUUCGGCCGACGAGCAACUGGAGCGAUACCGCAAGCGCAUGCGCGCGAGCGUCGAGAAGCUCGGCAAGCGCUGGAACGACACCAAGGCCAUUACGCUGCGCGAGAAGAUCUCCUUCAUCUGCGGCGUCAUGAACAUCUUUGUGAGCGGCUACCUCAUCGGCGGCUUCCCUGAGUGGUUCCAUCUGUGGUACACAGCCCAAGUCCUCUACUUCAUGCCGAUCCGCUUCUACACGUACCACAGGCGAGGAUACCACUACUUCCUCGCCGACUUGUGCUACUUUGUCAACUUCCUCCUCAUGCUCAGUAUCUGGGUCUUUCCCAACUCGAAACGUCUCUUCACGGCCGUCUACUGCCUUGCCUAUGGCAACAACGCCGUUGCCAUCAUCAUGUGGCGCAACUCGUUGGUAUUCCACAGCUUCGACAAGGUUACCUCUCUCUUCAUCCACAUCAUGCCCUGCGCAACGCUGCACUGCAUCGUCCACCUCCUCGACCCUAAUCUCCAGCGAGACCGCUUUCCCGCCAUCUGGACCAUCAAGACGUCGCCGCCUGGCUCCCCAACCGCCUAUGCCAACGUCAUGUCCAUGCUCGCCUGGUCCACCAUCCCCUACGCUUUCUGGCAGCUAUCCUACUAUUUCUUCAUCACCGUCCGCCGGCGCGAGAAGAUUGCCGCCGGGCGCCCGACGAGCUUCACCUGGCUUCGCAGGUCGUACAGCAAAGUCUGGAUCGGCAAGCUCGUCCUCUCCCUGCCCAACGCCCUGCAGGAGCCCGCCUUCAUGCUGAUCCAGUACAUUUACGCCGUGCUGACCAUGCUUCCCUGCCCGCUGUGGUUCUACUCGCGCUGGGCAUCGGCCACGUUCCUGAUGGUCGUCUUCGCCUGGUCCGUCUACAACGGGAGUACCUACUACAUUGACGUUUUUGGCAAGCGGUUCCAGAAGGAGCUUGAGGCGAUGAAGGCCGAGGUGGCCAAGUGGCAAAACAGCCCCGACGUUGCCGGGGUGUUGAGCCCCACGUUACAGCCGGCCGAGGGUGCUGGUGCUGGUGGUGCUGCUGCUCCUAUUGUUGAUACGAUUACCGGCAAGGCAUUGGAUGAUAAUGCCCCCGGGGGUGUGGCGGGCGGGCUGGAUAAUAUUCCGCUUCUGAACGAUGAGAGGCCUGCCGCCGUGAUUGCCACGGGGGCGGAUACGGAUGGAGGCGCGAAGGAUGUUGCGAGGGAGCGCAAGGUUGGCGGAGAGCUGGAGAAGUCAUGA